AUGACAUGGGAUGAGUUUAAGGCACCGUUCCUUAAACAUCACAGUCCCAAGGCGGUCAUUAACAGAAUUAAGGAAGAAUUCAUCCAACUAAGGCAAAAGGAUGAAUCAAUAGACAAGAUCAUGGGUAUCUUCCUUGAUAAACUAAGGUUCUGUGACGAGUUAGUGACAACAGAGGAACAGAAGAUAUAUUACUACUACAACAUGUUGAGUGCUAAAUAUCGGGAGUUCAUGACUCCCUCAAAGUACGAGACUCUCACCAAGAUCAUAAACACUGCUCGGGAACGAGAGAUUGAGCUGAGAAAGCAAGUUGAGCAGGGUGAACGAAGGGCGCAAGAUGUUAAUCCAAGCCCUACAAAGAAAGCACGAACGACGAAAUCGGCGAAGAGGUCGGAUGUGAAAGGCGGGUCGCCAAGUUGUAAAAUCUGUGGGAAAGGAUAUAAGGGUGAGUGUCGCUUCAAGGAUAAACCAUGCCCUAUAUGUGGGAAGACUGGGCAUACGGCUUCAUUAUGCCCAAGAAAAGUCUCAGUCUGUUACAAAUGCUACCAACCGGGCCACAAGAAAUCCGAAUGCCCGGAGUUAGUUGGGAAGAAGGAUGGAAAGGAUACGCAGACGGAGGCACAGAAAGCAAAGGCCAGAUCUUUCCACCUAACCGUAACAAAAGCAAAGAUAGAACCCGAUGUGAUCUCAAGUAUAUUUGCUGUAAACUCUAUUCCCGCACGUGUGUUGUUUGAUACAGGUACGAAUAAAUCCUUUAUUUCACACGAAUUUAUCCGAAAUCCUUCAUUCCUAUUAACAAAGUUACCUAUGCCCUUAGAAGUAGAGAUAGGUGAUAAUAAGAGCUUCAUCGUGUGUGACGUAUGCCAAAACUGCAAGUUGAGUAUCGAUGAUGAAGAAUACUCAAUAGACUUGAUCCUGAUGUUGAUGGGAGAAUUUCAAGUGGUUGUCGGGAUGGAUUGGUUAUCCCGACAUCACGCGAAGGUCGUAUGCUUCCGUAAGGAGAUAAAACUUACGUCCCCGAGCGGAAAGCACGUUAUUAUUUAUGGUGAAAAAGGGGGUAAUCCCGUGGUGUGUUCGAUGUUAGAAGCUCAUAAGCUCAUAAGGCGUGGAUGUAAAGCGUUCAUGAUAUAUGCGUGUGAACCGGAGAAAGAGUCGCCGAAGAUUGGAGACGUACCGGCGAUACGUGAUUAUGAAGACGUGUUUCUGGAAGACUUGCGGGAAUACCGCCAGAACAGGAAGUAG